UUUUAUUACAGAUACGAAGCCGUCUCCCACUCACCAGUUUUCUCCGUUUUCCAUCUCUCCAAACACUACUUUCCCUCCAUUUCCUCUGCUUUCUGACGAUGGAAGCCCUAGCAGUUUCUUACCGUUCUAUGCCUUUCAGUGACCGGAUAUCGCAUGUUCUUCUCGCCGGAGUUUCUACUAGAAGUUCCGUCUCGGUUCCGUGUCAACGUGCUUUCAAAUGCGUGUCUCUGGCUGCUCCCUCACUUGUGAAGGACAAUCCAGUGAAGUUCAAAGAAGCUUCUAGAAAUGGAAAUAUUGUUCCGCUUCACGCCUGCAUAUUCUCUGAUCAGCUGACUCCAAUCCUGGCUUACCGCUGUUUGGUCAAAGAAGGUGAUCUUGAGGCUCCGAGCUUUGUUUUUGAAUCAGUGGUUCCCGGCUCUCAAGAUUCAAGUGUUGGACGCUACAGCGUGGUAGGAGCACAACCAUGCAUGGAAAUUGUGGCUAAAGAAAAUAAAGUUAUCACAAUGGACCAUGAGGAAGGGCUGAGGACUGAGGAAUUGGUCGAGGAUCCAAUGGUGAUUCCGAGAAGGGUUGCAGAGGGGUGGAAACCCCAGCUUCUUGAUGAACUUCCAGAUACAUUUUGCGGUGGAUGGGUUGGUUUUUUCUCAUAUGAUACGGUUUGUUAUGUGGAGAAGAAAAGGCUGCCAUUCUCAAAAGCGCAAGAUGAUGACAGAAAUCUCGCAGACAUUCAUCUAGCCCUAUAUGAUGAUGUGAUUGUGUUUGAUCAUGUGGAAAAGAAAGUACAUGUCAUUCAUUGGGUUCGGCUAGAUCUGCACUCCUCUGUUGAGAAGGCAUAUGUUGAUGGGAUGAAACGCCUGGAAAUAUUGUUGUCUAGAGUACAAGACAUUGACCCACCUAAGCUAUCUCCAGGUUAUGUAGAGUCACAUAUUCAAAGUUUCAGUUCUUCCUUGAAUGAGUCAAACAUGACAAGUGAAGCAUACAAAAAGGCAGUAGUACAAGCAAAAGAACAUAUUCGGGCAGGGGAUAUUUUCCAGAUAGGGUUAAGUCAAUGUUUUGAACGCCGAACAUUUGCUGACCCAUUUGAAGUUUACAGGGCAUUCAGAGUUGUGAAUCCGAGUCCAUUUAUGGCGUACUUACAAGUAUGUGUGUGCUCCUCCACAAAUACAUUACUGUACUACUUUUACAUGUAUUUUUUUAGUAGUUCUGGGUUUGUAAUUUUUUAUAUUUAUCUUCUAUUUCUCAAUCAGGCUAGAGGAUGUGUCCUUGUUGCUUCAAGCCCAGAAAUUCUCACGCAUGUAAAGAAGAAUAACAUUGUUAAUCGACCAUUGGCUGGAACUGUUAGAAGAGGGACAACGAUCCAUGAAGAUGAGAUGUUGGAAGGGCAACUGCUAAAUGAUGAAAAAGAACGUGCAGAACACAUUAUGCUGGUUGAUCUGGGGCGAAAUAAUGUUGGAAAGGUUGCCAAAUUUGGCUCUCUGAAGGUGGAAGACCUGAAAGCUGUUGAAUGUUUUUCACAUGUAAUGCACAUCAGUUCCACGGUUACAGGGGAGUUGCAAGAUCAUCUCACUAGCUGGGAUGCCCUGCGCAGUAUACUGCAUGUUGGAGCAGUUAGUGGAGCACCAAAGGUGAAGGCUAUGGAGUUAAUUGAUGAGUGGGAAGAAUCCAGGCGUGGGCCAUAUGGUGGCGGAUUUGGAAAUGUUUCCUUCACUGGUGAUAUGGAAAUUGAUUUGACUCUCAGGACCAUUGUCUUCCCAACUGGAAACCGAUACGACACACUGUUCUCCUACAAAGAUACCAAAUUGCGCAGGGAAUGGGUUGCAUACUUUCAAGCUGGUGCUGGGAUUGUGGCUGAUAGUGUUGUUGAUGAUAAGCAGAGGGACUGCGAGAGCAAAGCUGCUGCUUUGGCUUGUGCCAUUGACUUGGCUGAAGCAGCAUUUGUUAAGAAAUGACCUCAACCUUUUUAUUACGUAACAGAAAAGUGAGGGAAAUAGAAGAAGAUGAUUCUUCAUUGAUUGAA